AUGGCUUCCACUCCUCCAUUCUCUCUCCUCUUCUUCUCACUUUCUCUCCUCCUCCACCAACCCGUCUUCUCCACAGCCAAUCUGCACUCCCUCAGACCAGAAUUCCUCCCCCAACAACUACGACAAACCACCCCUCAAAACGACACCCCACCAACUGGCUACUUCGAAGUCACCAAACCCAUCAACCUCCCCAAAACGACAACCCCCUGCUCCCACCUUGUCCUCGCCCACGACUUCGCCUUCACCUACGGCAAACCCCCGGUCCUCGCCCCGUACGACCCUCCCUCCCACUGCCCUUCUAGAAAGUUCUCGAAGAUCGUCCUCGAAUGGCGGGCCACUUGCAGAGGGAGACAAUUCGACCGGAUUUUCGGGGUCUGGCUUGGCGGCGUCGAGCUUCUCCGCAGCUGUACGGCCGAGCCGAGAUCUACGGGGAUUUUUUGGAGCGUUAAGAAGGAUGUGACGAGGUAUUCUUCAUUGCUUCUCAAGAAAAACCAGACUUUGGCUGUUUAUCUUGGCAAUUUGGUUGAUAGUACGUACACUGGGGUUUAUCAUGUAAAUUUGACUUUCCAUUUUUACCCUUUUGAGGAGAAGUCCAAAGCUUUUGAUGGGGUGGAAGAUAAUAUUCCGGCGGAUUUGAUCUUGCCCAUUUCGAGAAAUUUGCCUUUGAAUGAUGGGUUGUGGUUUGAAAUUGAGAAUUCCACUGAUUUAUCGCUCAAAGAGGUGAAAAUUCCGCAAAAUGCUUAUAGGGCUGUUCUUGAGGUUUAUGUUUCUUUUCAUGAGAAUGAUGAGUUUUGGUAUUCUAAUGUUAUUAAUGAGUAUAUUGAUGCAAAUAAUCUUACUAAUACUCCUGGAAAUGGGCCUUUUAGGGAGGUUGUGGUAAGUCUUGAUGGUGAACUUGUUGGUGCUAUUUGGCCUUUUACUGUGAUUUACACUGGUGGGGUUAAUCCCCUUUUGUGGAGACCAAUUACUGGUAUUGGGUCAUUCAAUUUGCCUUCUUAUGAUAUUGAGAUCACGCCGUUUUUAGGGAGGGUUUUGGAUGGGAAGAGUCAUGAGAUCAGUUUUAAUGUCACGAAUGCGUUGAACGUUUGGUACGUCGAUGCGAAUUUGCAUCUUUGGUUGGAUGAGAAGAGUCUGAGGACUGAAGGAGAGGUUUUGAAGCAUGUUAGCUUGCCUCUUGUUGUUUCCUUGGUGUCUAAUUUCACCGGUUUGAACGGGACGUUUCUGACAAGCAUAAGCCGGUCUGUGAAAUCAGCCGGUUGGGUUAAGUCCUCGUAUGGUAACAUUACAACUGGUUUCACUCAGGAUUUCUAUUUUAGUAAUUCAAUGGUGAUGGGAAACAAUGGGGAUAUGCAGAUUGUGGAUCAGAGCAUCUAUUUCAAUGACUCCGUUGAUGCAAAUUUGCCGCAUUCUUCACAAGUUCACUCAUUGAGAUCUCAGAAAAAGUUUUCGUUUUACAUGUAUUCCAACGUCUUUGAUCAAGGAAAUGAAUCUUCUUUAUACAUUACAAACGUCACUUUGGGACUCCAUGAGAAGAAGUUUAAAGGCUCCUCUCGUCUCGGCUUCGCAACGAGCAAUCUGGAGAAUCUACAGAGGUGCCAGGGAAAUAUGGUUGUCAAGAAGAAUUUGGUAGUCAGUGGACUUGGGAGUACACAGCAAGUUUACAAGUAUAAUGGGGAUGAUUUGUGUUAUUUAAGAAACAUAAGCAGCUCAAAUUAUACCAUUCUUUAUGACCAUGGGGGAAGCCAAUGCCGCAAAAAGGCAGAGUCCCACUUUGGUUUUGGGUUCCAUAAAUUAUGGCCUUUUCAUGCCAGAAGGGUUUCUCUAGCGUCUGGUUUACUUGAGAACUCCAAAAGAGAUUAAGCUUGGCAUUUUGGAUGAUUCUCAUUGCUUCACUUAUGGUCCUCCUUUUAUAAGCUAUUCUUGAGGUCUUGCAAAUGGGUGCCCCAAAUAAAAAUAGUAAGUAGUUUGAGCAUAUUGUUUUUGGACACUACUCUGGAAUUUCACUAAGUUUCUAGCAUUAUUUCUGAUUAUGGAAUUUGUUUUCACAUCUCACCUAAUCCAUAAAAAUUAGCGGUUUGCACGCAUACACUUGACUCUACUCUAAGGUGUAGAGUUCAAAU